AUGGCAAGCACCAGUACCAUCUCCAUGUUCCUUCUUCCCAUAGUUCUAUUGAUAUGGGUGUCUCCUGCAGUACUCUCAGAGAAGUGCAGCCCACACGAGAAAAAAAUCCUCCUCCAAGUGAAGCAAGAAUUCGGCAACCCAUCCAUGCUCUCUUCCUGGAACGCUUCCACCGACUGCUGCACCAGCGCCUGGGAAGGCAUCGAAUGCACCACCGAGAAGCCUUACCGUGUUAGCCAAAUAGAGCUACAUGGGCUGGACCUCCCCGGCCCAGUUGACCUCCCUCCCUCCCUAUUUAACCUCGUUGAUCUUGAUGAGCUCUUAAUUUUUGAAAUGCCCAACCUAAAAGGCCAAAUUCCUCCCCAGAUCUCAAAUCUCAAAAAACUUACAGUCCUUUACUUAUUCAGCACCAAUGUCUCAGGCCCAAUACCAGAAUCUCUAGCCCAAAUCAAGACCCUCACGAACAUUAACCUCGCCGGCAACAAUCUCUCCGGCCCACUCCCUCAUCUCCUCCCCUCACUACCCAGCAUCAGGGUGAUCUUCGCCGACGAAAACCGCAUCUCUGGCCCAAUCCCUGAAUCCUACGGUUCCUUCGCGUCCAAGAGCCUUGUGACGCUGACUCUCUCUCACAACAUGCUUUCUGGGAAGAUUCCGGCGGCGUUGAAGGGGCUGGACGCGGAGCUUCUGGAUCUUUCUUGGAACAAGCUCGAGGGAGAUGGUUCGGUGCUGUUUGGGGCGGAGAAAAAGACGGAGGAGAUAACCCUUGCUGGAAACAUGCUGUCGUUCGAUAUCGGGAAAGUGGAGUUUGGUAGGAACAUAACGAGGUUGAACCUGAAGCACAAUCGCAUUUACGGGAAGCUCCCGGAGCAACUGACGCAGCUGAAGCAGCUAACCAGGUUUAAUGUUAGCUAUAAUCAAUUGUGUGGACCUAUUCCCCAAGGCGGAAGGUUGCAGGGUUACUUCGCCAUUGAUGCUUCUUCGUUUGCACAUAACAAGUGUUUGUGUGGGUCCCCCCUCCCUCCAUGCAAGUGA